CACCCAAAUAUCGUCAUACCAAACCCAAUUUCUGAAGAUCAUCAACAUGACCGACUACCCCCGAAUUCUCGUCCUCGACGUUGGUCUCUCAGCCGAACCACCCCUCCUCCAAGCAGGCCAAGUUCUCGAGUUCAAUCCAAACGACACCACCAAGCAACUACGAGUCCUAGUCCCCAGCCAAGUCCUCCCGGAUGGCAUCGCUGUCGACUCUGCCAGGCAACGCAUGUUCUGGACCUGCAUGGGCUUUCCCGGGAAAUGGGACGGAGCGGUUUACUCGUCCGCCCUGGAUGGUACUGAUGUGCAGACCAUCGUGGCACCUGGGAAAGUGAACACACCGAAGCAGUUGACCUUGGACGAGACCGCGAAGAAGGUCUACUUCUGUGACCGUGAGGGUCUGGGUGUGUACCGGUGUAACUUUGACGGAUCUGAACUCGAGGCUUUGAUUCUGAAUGGUAAACCUACCACGCCACCUGAUGUGUCUUCAUGGUGCGUUGGAAUCACCGUUGCGCCGUCGCUGGGCAAAUUCUUCUGGACGCAAAAGGGAUACUCGAAAUCCGGACAGGGGCGCAUCUUCUCCGCCAACAUCGAUAUGCCUGCUGGCCAGUCAGCAACUUCGCGUGAUGAUAUCCAAGUCGUUCUACCAGGCCUGCCGGAACCCAUUGAUCUCGAAUUCAACGAGGCCUCUAGUACAUUAUACUGGACUGAUCGUGGUGAAGUGCCGUUUGGAAACUCGCUGAACCGGGCCCGGUUGGAUGAGUCGGGCAUGCCAACGACAACCAUGACAGCUUCUGCUUCAUUUACUGCGGAGGUGCAGGAGAGGAAAUAUGAGAUUCUUACAAGGAACUUGAAUGAGGCUAUUGGUUUGAAGUUGGAUGUUGAGCGGGGGCAUAUUUAUUUGACCGAUUUGGGAGGUAGUGUUUAUCGGUGUGAUUUGGAGGGGAAGGGUAAGGAGAGGUUGUAUCUUGAGGAUUCGAGGGCGUUUACUGGGAUUGCUCUUCUGUGAUAUUUUUUUCUGUUUUAUGUUAAUAGAGGUUCUUAAUAAGAAUAAAUAGACUUCUUUCC